UGAUGUCUUGCCAACAAAAUUUUGCCCACCACCUCCCCACCCUCCGGUUUCCCGUUUCCACCACCGUCGUCUUCAUCCGCCGCCACCAGCCACCCAUAUCCGCAUCGUCUCUUCACCAUUCUCAAGAAACUUCAGAUAAAAUUCUCCGAACACAUAACGCAAAAUCCACCUCACUCCUCUUCUUAAUAGAUAAAGCUUCUCCGAAAGGAGAAAAUCAAAAUGGUUAUGAAUACGAUGAGAUAUCGAAGCUUUUGGAGCUAUCGAUGGCUAGAAAAAGGACGCCUCAGUUUCCAGGCUCAAUCUACGUUCAAUCUCCGGCCGACGUCGAUGUAAACUCAUCAUUGCCAGCAAUCUUUAAUGGAGAAAAUGAUGAUUAUGAUUUUGAGGUGAUUAUGAGGGCCGUUGAGAUCAGGAGGGAAGUGACAUUGGAGAUUUUUAAGGAAGCUAUGAGGAAAGGGAAAUUUGGGAUCACUUAUUCUACGAAUUUGGCUUCAAAAUUGUUCCCUGAGUUUAUUGAUUAUGUUAUGAUUCAAGCUGCAUCAAUCAAACAGUUGCCUGAAUUUGCUAAUUCUUCCUUCAAUGUUCGUGCCAAAGCUUGCUUAGAAAGCUCCAAUGUCGUCCCUCUAAUAAGGUGGCUGAAACACAAUGGGUUGUCAUAUCCCCAAAUUGGGAAGCUAAUUUGCAGUUCAAGAGGAAAUAUUGAGUCAAUUCGGAGUACCGCUGAAUGGCUCAAGUCAAUUCAUGUGAAUGGGAGAUUUAUUGGAGUUGCAUUACUUAGAGCUGGAAAGAAUAUAUUGGAGCGCAACACCGAAGAGUUGGAUGAGAUUGUUUGGUACUUGGAGAAAAACGGAGUUAGAAGGGAGUGGAUGGGUUAUGUAGUUAGCAGGUGUCCUGAGUUGUUGUCUUUUAGCAUGGAGGAACUUAAGAAUCGCACAAAUUUUUACUUUGAUAUGGGUAUGAACGAGAAAGAUUUUGGGACGAUGGUUUUUGACUUCCCCAAAGUGCUUGGAUUCUAUUCUUUUGAGGAAAUGAACCAAAAGGUUGCAUAUUUGAAGGAGUUUGGCCUUGGUAACGAAGAUGUGGGGAGAUUGUUAGCAUUUAGACCACAAUUGAUGGGAUGUAGCAUUGAAGAAAGAUGGAAGCCUCUCGUUAAGUACCUUUAUUAUCUUGGGAUCUCUCGAGAUGGUAUGAGGAGAAUUCUUACCGUUAAACCUAUGGUCUUCUGUUUUGAUUUGGAGAGCAAUAUAGUUCAAAAGGUGCAAUUCUUUCGUGACAUAGGUGUUCAACAAAAAGGAAUUGCUAGUAUGCUUGUCAAGUUUCCUUCACUUCUAACUUACAGUCUCUACAAGAAAAUACGACCCGUGGUAAUUUUUUUGUUGACAAAAGCUGGAGUUUCCCAGACGGACAUUGGAAAGGUGAUAGGAUUGGGGCCAGAGCUCUUGGGGUGCAGCAUAUCAAAGAAAUUGGAACCUAAUGUCAAAUACUUCCUCUCACUUGGCAUAGACCUUAAAACAUUGGGUGAAAUGAUUGCUGAUUUUCCCAUGCUCCUUCGCUACAAUAUUGACAUUCUUCGCCCAAAGUAUCGGUAUUUGAGAAGAACCAUGGUCCGCCCUCUAAACGAUCUCAUAGAGUUUCCACGCUUCUUUAGCUAUUCUCUCGAAGAGCGAAUCAUACCUCGGCACAAGAUUCUUGUGGAGAAUCGUGUAAAUUUUAAGCUUAGGUACAUGCUCUCGUGCACAGACGAAAAUUUUCAUCAAAGAGUUGAGGCUGCUGUUCAAAGGCGGCAGAUGUUCGAAUCAGGGAUCUCAAACAAUAUAGAAUCAGAUUCUCCAACUGAUGACUCUUCCGAGGAUGAAACCGAAGACGAAUUUUCAACACUUGCUGAUUGAUUUCCAUUGCCAUCUUACACAUAUUUGUAAAUAAUGGUUUGUAAGAUAUGAUUUUGGUACAAAUGAUUAGAGGCAAGAAAGUUAGCAA